AUGUCUAAUGUUGAGAUAAGGUCGUCCAUUCAUCGCUUGACUCAAGUGUUGGCUACUCUAGCUGUUAGGGGUACAACGGUGCAAGUGAACCCCAAUACUAAUAUCACCGCUUCAAGGAUUAGGGAUUUCACAAGGAUGAAUCCCCCUACUCUCUAUGGUAUUAAGGUUGAUGAGGACCCACAAGAGUUCAUUGAUGAAGUGUUCCAAGUUCUUGUUUCAAUGGGUGUUUCUUCUCAAGAAAAGGUGGAACUAGCCUACUACCAACUCAAAGAUGUGUCUCAAGUGUGGGAUUUGAAGAAGGUGAGAAUUGAAGAGAGGAAUUCUUCUAACAAUAGGUUUGAGGUACAAGACAAACCACGAUUCAAAAGGUGGUUUUCCAACCAAGAACCUCCUAAUGCUCCAAGGUUCAACAAGAGUAAGGUGUAUACUCCCAAUCCCCAAGAGGGGAAAGGUGGUGGUUCUUAUGUUGAGAAGCCUCUUUGUUCAAAAUGUGGUAGGAAGCAUGAUGGUAAGUGCCUAGUUGGCACGGGUAAUUUCUAUGGUUGUGGUAAGAGUGGUCACAUGAAGAGAGAUGGCCCUAUGAUGAAGACUCAAGGAAGGGAAAGUUCUCAAGCUCAAGCAAGUGCCCCAAAUUUGGAUGCUCCUAAGAAGAAUCGCUUUUAUGCUCUCCAAUCCCUAAGUGAUCAGAGAGCUCACCGGACAUGGUCACCGGUAUGUUAA